AUGAGCAGCAGCAGUGGCAGUGGCAGUGGCAGCAACAACUUCAUAUUUGACGGCUCUAACAGCAUUCUCCAGAACUACAGACUCGUGAAGCAGACUGGAACAGCAGGGCAGGAGUUCGUCUGGAAGAUUUACGAUGCUGUCAGGAAUAAAGACGAUAAGCAAGUAUCCGUGUUUCUGUUUGAGAAGAAGACAGCGGAAAAGCUUCACAAACCAAAGCGGAAAGAGAUCGUGACGGAUAUUUUGCGCCGUGACGUCAUGACGAUGACUAGGAUUAAGUAUCCAAAGAUACUAAAAGUUGUCGAUCUUCUACAAGAAAGUAAUGACAGCUUAGCGUUCGUAACGGAAGCCGUGAGGGGCAGUUUGGCGAACCUGCUCGGGAAAAAAAAGAAGAAAAAUAAUAAUAAUAAUAAUAAUGAUAAUGAUAAUAAUAAUAAUAAUAAUAACUGUUCAAAUAAUAUUUGUCAGGUGGAAGAAUUCUUGGACGUGGAAGUGCUGAGUGGAGUGCAACAGAUCUGUAAAGCUCUACACUACUUGCACACAGCAGAAAGAAUUGUCCAUUUGAAUAUAUCGCCGCAAAAUAUCAUAGUCACUAAAAAAGGCAUGUGGAAGCUUGCUGGCUUUGGGUUCGUUCAGAGUUCAGAAGCGGGCAGUGUACGUCCAUGGCAGUCGAAGCAAUCAAAAAUGGCGCAACCAGAUUUGGAUUUUAUGGCGCCGGAAGUGCAGUUGAUGACGUCAAAGUACGUGACGCCAUGUUGUGACGUCUUCUCGGUCGCCAUGUUAAUGGCGGCCAUCUUUAACAGCGGCCAAUCCCUAAUUCAGGCUAACUAUACAGUCAGCAAUUACGGGAAGCAGCUUGAUCAGAUUGUUGAAAGAGUUGAAGGCAUAUCAGGUAAGUUGCCGGAGCAGUGGAGUGAGAUGAUCGUCAGGAUGGUUAGCAGAGAUACUAGAUGCCGACCAACCUUACAAAGUUUUGUAUCGAUGCAAUGUUUUGACGAUCCAGUCAUACAUUGUUUGGAUCUGGUGGAUUCGUUUGACGCCAGCAAAAAAGCCGAGCUCUUCACCCAACUGCCACAAAUUUUACCGCUAUUUCCAACGAAACUUCUCUACACCACAAUCAUGUUGUUGAUCAAAGAGCAGCUAGAAGACCAGGAGACCAUGAUAUUCGGGCUGCCUGCUUUGCUAGCCAUGAUCAUAAACAGCACUGAUGACGAAUAUGCAAACAUAAUUCAGCCCGAACUUAAAAAACUCCUCAACAUGAAUAAACCAGUUCAGGCCACAAUUUACUUGUUAGAGAACAUGGACUCCUUGCUAUCAAAGGCAAGCGCAGACGAGAUCACUAAUGACAUCAUGCCCAUGCUGUAUAGUACGCUCGAAUCAAAUAAUAUUCUCGGCCAGGUUGCCGCCCUAAACGUUUUUGACACCCUGAAGAGUUACAUAGAGGAUGACGCCGUUAAAAAUUUAGUCCUGCCAAAAGCCAAAUCACUAUUCAACAAGACGUCCAGCACAAAGGUCACGUGCUUGGAAUGCAUAGACGACAUGAUAGAGAGCCUGGAUAAGAUGAUAAUAUUGGAUGACGUCUUGCCAUUCCUGUUGAACAUCCAGUGUUCGGAUGCUGACGUCAUUAUGGCCAUAAUUGACAUCUACGAGGAGUUACUUUCGGACCGGAAGUACGGCUUGGGGCAUGGGAUCCUCGCAUCCAGGGUCAUGCCAAAUCUCAUCCCAUUUGCCGCCAUUCCUGGACUUUCCAUUGAACAGUUUACAAAGUUGAUGGAAGUUUUGAGGGACAUGCUGGAUGAGAUUGAGCGUCAGAGGCUGGCCAAGAUGGCCAACGAGAUUCCAGAUCACGUGGACCUUGAAAGGAGGUUGUUGUUAUUGCUGUUGUUGUUGUUGUUGUUGUUAUUGCUGUUGUUGUUGUUACUGUUGUUAUUGUUUCCGUUGUUAUUGUUGUUGUUAUCGUUUUUGUUGUUGCUGUUGUUGUUAUUGUUAUCAUCAUCAUUACUGCAUCACCAUAAGAAGAACGUCAUUGGACAUGAGGAACGUUGA